AUGAAAAAAAUAGGUAGAUGGAUGCUAUAAUGUGGAUAUAAUACCGAUAUCACAUAUGGUGGGUACUUCAGCGAUGGUUUGAGAGUAGGUCCAUGGAAACUACCUAUUUAUAACUAUUGGAAGUAAUAAAUAAAUUGAAUUUAGAAGAAGUUAACCUAUAGUAUAUGAAGUUGGUGAGUAUUGUGAUGAUUAAAAAUAGGGGAGGUGGAAUUACAUAAUGAACAACCAGAUUAUGUAAGUUCUUUAUUAACACUAUAGUGGUGGUGGAUAUUAUGAAGAAGAAUGCACUGGAUUGAAGACAGGAAAUUGGAUUGAAUUAGAUGAUGAUAUCAAUAAUCUUGGCUAAGUAAUACAAGAAGGUCAAUAUAUGAAAGGGAAUAAAGUAGGGGUAUGGAGAAAAUUAAAGAAAGUUUAUUAAUAAAAUUACAUUCAUUGA